AUGGGCUUUAUGGACGGUUGGGACUCGGCAUCGGUGAUCAGCCGCAAGUCCCACCACUCGUCAAAGCAUCACUCGUCCAACAAGCGCCGCAGCAAGUCGGGUUCGUCCCUUCUCCGGCCGAAGUCCAGGUCGAGGUCCCGCUCGAGGUCCCCGGGGGCGCGCUCCAUUGCAGCAUCCUUCUUUGGCGGCGAUGAGGACAGGCACCGCCACUCCCGGCACGAAAGCAACCGGGGUUCCUUCUUUGGGAUACCCAAUGUCUCGACAAGAAGCUUUUUUGGCAUGGACAAGCACCGCUCCUCGACGUCCUCUUAUCGCCGCUCACCACGGCCCAACUUCCUGACCCGCGCCUACAAGCAGCUCAAGCGCCUGCUGCGGGACCUGGUCUACUACGCCAAGCGGCAUCCGGUCAAGGUCUUCACCCUCGUGGUCCUGCCGCUCCUCACCGGCGGCGCGCUUACGGCGCUUCUCGCGCGGUUCGGGCUGCGCCUGCCCCCUAGCAUUGAGAGGAUGCUCGGCGUCGGCGCGCGGGCCAUGAGCGGAGGCCCAGCCGGCCUGGUGGGCGAGGCCGUGAGGAUGGCGAGCGGUAUGGGGGGAAGAGAUGGCAGGGUGAGCCUCGAGAGAGGCUACGAUGGUGGGAUGCAGUGGGAGAGGAAGAGCUGGGAGAGGGAUGUUGGUGGUGGAUGGGGCGACGGGCUGAUGAAGUCAGUAAGGGACUGGUUCUGA